UGGUGAUAACAGUUGUAUAGCCACAGCAUGUCUACACACUACAAGGAAAAUGAGAUUCUUAAAAAUUCAUCCGGGAAAACUAUCUUUUGUUUCGCUGUGGUUUAAUUUUUUUAAUAUUGCGAACAAAAAAAAUGCAAAGUGACUUGUAACUAAUAAGUCAUAUUUCUUAUAGUCUUAACCAUAUUAAAACAUAACAGUGCUGGAAUUACAAAAGAAAGCAGUGUUUGUUUUCAAUGACAAAGUAUAUCUAGACAUAAUGCACUAUAUUCAGCCAUUGUUUCUUACCAAUGAUAAAGUAUAUUUAGACAUAAUGCACAUAUUCAGCAGUGUUACUUACCAAUGAUAAAGGAUAUCUAGACAUAAUGCCCUACAUUCAGCAGUGUUUGUUACCUAUGACAAAGUAUAUCUAGACAUAAUGCACAUGGUCAGCAGUGCUUGUAAGUACCAAAAUGAUCGUCUUACUGUUCAUAAUGUCGGCUGUUCAUGCCGAACUGGCCAGUGCCCAUUUACACAAACUAACAACGGCAUCCAUAGCGUUCUCUCAAAAACUUUACAAGAGAGUUGCUGCCACGGAGCCAAAUAUUGUCUACUCGCCUUACAGCAUCCAUUCAGCGUUGACAAUGAUGCUACUCGGAGCAAGGGGAGAUACUGCCGCUGAGUUGAGAAAGACGCUCCGAGUUACUUCCUUUGGCAGAUCGCUGCACCCGACUUAUAGCGAGCUAAUUAGCGAGAUAAACUCAGUUACAGAGGUGGAGCUGAAGACGGCAGACGCCAUCUUCGUAAACCCUUACUUCCUUGUCGCUCCACACUUUAUUCAGGACACCUACUUCUACUAUAAGGCCCUGACCGUCAACAUCGAGCUACAGGCUACUGGAGGACCCGAGAAACAAGUCAACGACUUCAUAGCAGGAAAAACUAGAAAUAUUAUUCAGGAUGUCCUUUCACCUGGCAGCAUUGAUUCCAAUACGGCGAUGAUCUUGAUUAAUACCAUCUAUUUCAAUGGGACCUGGGAGCAAACGUUUAAUGAAGGCAGAACAGAAUUGGACGAUUUUAACAAACUGGACGGAACAUUGAGAAAAGUAGAGAUGAUGAAGACAGACAGGUUGGUCAACAUAAAAAGAGAUAAAGUCAAUAAGAUGGAUGUCGCUCAGCUCCCUUACAGAGGAAUUUAGCUUGUAUUUUGUUCUGCCCCACGCGCAAGAUGGCAUCACUGAACUAGAACGCCGUCUAGCCAGACCAAAGCAAGUCAAGCAACUCUUCACUGGACUAAACAAAACCUAUAUCCUACUGGCCAUCCCUCGCUUCAAGACAGAGACCACACUAUCUCUAACAGCCCCACUUCAAGACAUGGGUAUUCUCAAAGCCUUUGAUCGAAAUGGAGCCAACUUCAGUGGAAUGACAUCAUCUCCAGUCUACCUCAACCAAGUACUCCACAAGGCUGUGAUUGAGGUCAAAGAAAAAGAAACCGUGGCAGCUGCUGCGACCGUUCAAAUCAAACUUCUGGUCUCUGCUGUCCCUGUAGAAAGAUUCAUCGCUGACCACCCCUUCCUGUACUUCCUGAGAGACAAUCAAACUGGACAGAUUCUCUUCCAAGGGAAAUUCUCUGGAUAGAACCUAAUAAUUUAUUACAAAAACAAGAAAAACUAAAUUUUUACAGAUUUAAACCCCCAAAAAUUCAAAAUACUUUUUGUUUCAAACAGACAGUUACGGACGAAUGCCUGUAUGUCUGUGUAAAAUAUAUUUACAGACGUAUGCUAGUUGGAACAUAUGCGCGAAUGACCGGAAGUGCGAUGAGACAAAGAAAGAGAGAGACCAGCGUGUGAUAAGUGCCAUGAAGUAUAAUAAAGUUUCUGUGUUUUGAUUGAGUUGUUACAUGCUUGAUGUAAUUACAGCUGAACCCAGGGAUAUCUAGACUUGGAGACCAAUUGUGAUAGUCUCUUGAGAGCUAGUGAAAUAUAUAUAGUAGAAAGCUUUGAUAUAUAUUUGGGGGCUCGUUCUGCUCGUUAGUUAGUCUAACCCAGGGACACCUAGACUUGGAGAGAUACUAAGGUAUCUAGAGAGCUAUUGAACUAAACAUAUAAUAGAAGCUGUAACAUAAACCAUAUCUCCUUUAACACAAGUAAGUUAUUAUACUUAUACAAAGCUUAUAUCAACUCACUCUGUCUGUCUGGUACAAAGUGUGAGCACGUUAUUUCUCCCUUACCCAUUCUUGGAUCAAGUUUAAACAAGGAAAAUUAAUCCUUCAGUAUUCGGAGAUAUGGAUAACUAUGGGGUUAAAUCAACGAUGGUAUCGUUCAUUAGGAGAGAAAGAGUUAAGGAUGAGGUUCACAUGACUACGGAAGUGACAAGUUAGUUGCAACCAUAGACAUAAAUAAAUAUAGACUGGAAAAAGGAAGUAACUUCAUGUAACUUGAAAACAUGUACAUCUAUUGUAUUCGGAUUUCCGAAUUAUGAAAAGUUGCAUGAUCUUCAUUCUUAGAGAUUAAACAAAUCUACACUGCCUCCUUAUAUACAAUAUAUAUAGGUGUGUAUCAAAGUUAAAAAAGCACUUUUAUACUGCUCAUAAAUGCUGUAUAAUAAAGUACACAAAAUUGCAAGUCACAAAUUUUCGUUUCAUAAAACUCUUUAAUUGGCCAGUCUAUAUUUAUUUAUGUCUAUGGUUGCAACCUGUAUAUUUUUGCGCAUCUAGUGGUUUGUUGAAAAAGGAUUUGUUUGUUUUUUUUAAAUGUUUACUUGUUCAAGAAAUGAGCUUUGCAAGAUUUGAAACUGGUUAUACUUGCAAUGGCAAGAGAAGCAUUGCUGUGGUUUGUGUCAGCAGAUGUGGCCGCACCUCCUGUGCAGUAACAACACUUGGUAACAGAGAAGUACUCAACAGCUUGUGUCUACACGACAAGCGAUUAUUUGGGCAGACUUAAUAAGACGUCACUUAAUCUUAUUAUCGAGGACGCGAUACGCCGAGAGCAUUGUCACAUUUGUGGUAUCUAUUAAGAAUAAUAACACACAAAUGUAAACAUAAUAUCACAAUUAUAACAAUAAUUAUUUCGCACAAUUAAA